AUGGAGGGGAGAGAGGAGGUUAUUUUUGAGGAUUUUUUUUAUCAGUAUAACAUACGACGAACAAAGUUGUUUCUUGGUAAAAAAGGAAAAUGGAAGCUGAAAUAUUUAAUAUUAAGAAUUCAAGGAGAGAAACCUAUUAUAGAAAUUUAUAGUAAAAAACCUAAAAAUAAUUCUAUUAACCCAAAAGGAGAAUUUGUCUUAUGGCCAACUUUUCGUGUAGAGAAAAGUAUCAAUGCUAAAAAUCGACAAUUUAGUUUUGAGAUUUCAACACCUGAUCAACAGUUAUGUCUUUCAUCUGAUUCCAAGAAAACUGCAGACAUCUUUGUCUUCCUUCUUCAAAUUCAAACCAAAUUAAAAUCUCAAGUUCAAGAUGAUAUAUUUAAUGUUGAUGCUGAUGAUAGUGAUGCUAGUAAAGAUAUAGGAGCUGUUGAUUCACCAUGUAUAUUACAUUUAUCACCUUGUGGUAUAACAUUAGCAUUGAAGGAAUCUCGUUCAGUAUUAGCACAGUGGCCUUUAAAGAGUAUAAGAUGUUUUGAGAGUAGUGGGUUUGGUCAGUUAACAUUAGAAGCAGGACGUGUUGCACCAAUGGGAGAAGGUGUAUAUAAUUUCCAAUGUUUAACUGGAGAUGAUAAUGAAAUAUAUGAUAUAUUAGAUCAAUAUAUAGUUAAUACACUAGAUAAAGCUAAGCCACAUAAAAAAGGAACAGCUGAAGAAAUAGCUGAAUAUUUAGAAGAAUUUGAUAAGUUACAUGGUUUAACCACAGUAUCAGUCCAAUCAAAAAACAAUAGUGAUAUAAUAUCUAUAUUAAAAACUAACUUUAAUUAUGAUGUCAAUUCAGAUAGUCAUGAUGAAAAUGAUGAAACAGAUGGAGUUGUAAGAAGAACUAAACUAAAAGUACAUUCAAGAUCACAAACAGCAUCUAUAGGAUAUCGAAAGUCACAGUUUGAUCCUAGAUCAGUUAAUCCAGUCAGACCCCCGCCACCACCACUUAGAAAAACCCAUGGUAGUAAUGAUCAUGAUGCCACCUUAGUAACAUCUCGUCCACCUCCACCACCUCCUAGACCUGGCUCAGGAAACCGAAUACCAAAUUGCACUCGACCUCACAGGUCACGACAGCGUAGAAGUUCUAGUAUAUCUUCUGCCAACAGUGGUGGUUCUAUUAACUAUAUACAGGGAGAUAACUCUCAUCAUAGUUCAAUGGAGUUUCCACCUCCACCACCUGAAGCCCUCUUAAAUGUCCACAGUUCGUAUUAUGAAGGUACUCAAACAACAGGCAGAAUGAAGUCAUCUCGGGAAAAGAAGCAUAGAACAGAGAAUUUGAAGGAUUCUCAGAAAGCCACGAGUUGUGAAGAUUUAAGUAGCCACAUGAAAACUGUAUUAUAUAGAGAUAACUCUGUUGAUAGUUUAGAUGAUCUAGUACACCAAACAGAUGAAAAUAUGUAUACUUCCAAGCUACCUGUUCCCUUUCCUAAACUACAAGAGUUUCGUGCUAGUGAUGAUUUUGAUAAACACGAACGAGAUCGCAGUCAAUCUGUAGAUUAUUAUAAUUCAAGAAGAGAUUCCAGUGUUACUAAAAGUCCUGGUCCUAGUGCUAGACAUUUACGACGUAUUCUAUCAAAACAAAAACAUCACGAAACAUUACGUAAAUCAAAUUCUAAUCCUAAUUUUUUAAAUGUUGGCAGUAAACAGAAUCUUUAUGCUCAAUCUAAUGGUGUAAAAUCACCUUCACAUGGCUCGCCAACACUUUCACAUAAAACUAAACAAGCUAGUCGAUCAUUAUCAAGUAUAUUUCCUGGCAAUCUACGACGAGCUUUAAGUCGCGAACGAGUCAAAACAGACAAAGAUAGUCGCUCCAAUACUCCCUCUCAUAGUAGAUCAAAUAGUAUAGAUCGCUCAUCCAUCAGGCGUAGAAGAUCCAAUUCCAUCAGAGGUCCUAGCAUUAAAGACAUCAACUUUACUGAGAGAACUAGAUCUUUCCGUAAAGUGAAAACAACUGAUCAAAAAGACAAUAUUUCACAAAACGCGAACAAUAAUAAUAAUAAUUUUAAACGUGCAAUAAAUGGUCCUAUAACACAAUGUAAUGAUAUCAAUGAUAAUAUACGAGCGUCUGCCAGGAGGAAAGAGAAUCCUGGGUAUAAUAGAAUAGAGAAAAUAAUACGCUUACCUAGUCGGGAACGAGAGGAAACACGCUGUUAA